GAAUUCUGAAAGUCUCGUUUUUUUUUUUUUUUAUGUAAUUCGAUUCGUGUAUGAGUUUCUCUCUUUUUUAGCGAUCUUCGUGCUUUGGUCACCGAUUCGAGAGAGUAGUCUUUUCUUUUUCUGAAAUUUUCAUCUUUUCCGAGACAAUAGCUAAUUUUCUAAAGUCAGGGUUUUUGAGCUGUUUCUAAGUUUUUUUUGCUGUUUCUAAGUUGGGACUUAACUGAGAUGAUGUUGUGGCCUAAUCAAAGUGUUUGUGCAAAAUUGUGUAGAGUUAACCAUGGGUCCAGAAUCCAAAGGAAGAUCAUGGUUUGGUAAAAUCUACAACAAGCUUGAAACGAUACUUGUGGAGGUGGACACUUUUACUUCACAGAACACACAUUGUCUGAAAUCAAGUGAUCCUUCAGGAUGGGAAUCUGUAAGAUGUGAACCAGAGGAAGUCGCGGAGGAGGACAAAUCUUCUGUAACUUCUGAUCUGCAGAAGCAACAUGAACGCGUUGCUCUACCGAGUUGCAAAAGCCCUUUUGAUCCACCUUCACAUCAGAACUUUGAUAUUUCAGGAUAUGUUCGCGUUGAGGAACGAGUUGAAGAGGAUAUUUUGAAGGAGACUUUAUCAGCCUCCUCGUUGCCUGAUGGAGAUAUAGUACUCUCUGGAGCUCCAUUGCCAAAAGAGUGCUGUGAUGGUAAUCUAACAUCUCUUGGUGAUGAUGAAGAACCAAUAACUACCGAUCUUGAAGAGUCUCAGAUCACUAAAAACACUUUAACUCCUCAGCAUAAUUCUGCUGGAGACCGUUUGGUUUAUCCGGGCGAGGAAAGUAUAGAAGAAGAAGUUAGAGUGGAAUCGUGGACAGAUUCCAAAGAACCUCAAUCUACUCAAAGUUCUGUGGAAAGUUUUGUGAGUGUAGUAGAAUAUGAUGAUGAUGAUGACGCCUUUCUAGCUGCGCUUGGUUCAGAUCUAAGUCUUAUCGCCACAAGAAUUCCGGAUGUACCUGUUCAAUAUACUGUGGCAAGCAUGAGAUCCUCUGAUGAGGGUAAUCUAGAUGAUUUGUUUAAUGGAAAAUCUGAUAUUGCUUCACUGGAUACCGAUGCAUUCUACGACGUGGCAUUGCGAGAAGACCCUUCAUCUGUUGACGACAGUGCACUCUAUGCACUGCGUGUUAGGACCAAGAAACUCAGAUCAUUCAAGAGAAAGAUCGUUGAUGCUUUAACUACGAAAAGAAGAAGAGAGAAGGAGUAUGAGCAGCUUGCAAUUUGGUUCGGAGAUGCAGAUAUGGGUUCUGAUCUGGUCAAGGAAGACUCUGAACAUAAGGAAGCCAUAGACUCCAAAAGCUCACAUGUACUUGAACCAGAAGAUUCCCGGUGGGAGCUAUUGUGACAUUAAUGCUCUCGGUCAUAUAGUUAAAAUCCGGCCUGUGUAUUAUCCUGAGUGAGACUUUUAUUGCUUUAUUAAAGACAUAGCAAACGAGCUGGUCUGCUCUGAGAUGCAAAGGUUUUUUGACAACGAAUUAAUACCAAAAAAAUUAUCCUA